AUGCCUAAACGUGAUGUUGUUACAUGGAAUAUCAUGAUUUCUGGAUAUAGUCAUAAUGGGUUUCCAAGAAAAUCAUUGCACUUGUAUAAUAAAAUGGUUUCUAAUGGUAUUAUAGAGAAUUCAUCCACUUUCUCCUCUAUAUUGACCAUAUCUGCUAAUGCAGGUUUGUUUAAACAAGGGGUUGAGAUUCAUAGCAGAGUUGUUGUUUUGGGAUGUAGUAUGAACUUAUAUGUUGCUAGUUCACUUGUUAAUAUGUAUAUAAAAAUGGGGUUUAUAGAUUUUGCUUUUAAAUUGUUUUAUGACUUACCUAAACGAAAUUUACCGAUAUGGAACUUGGUUUUACGCGGAAUUUGUGAAUUGGGUCGGUUGAGUGAGUUCUUAAGAUUGUAUAGUGAUAUGAAGAUGGAGAAUGUCGAGCCUAAUGGGGUUACGUUUUGUUAUUUGAUUCAUGGUUGUUGUAAAGAGAGACUUGUUGACAAGGGCAGGCAGCUGCAUUCCCAUGUGAUUAAGAAUGGAUGGUUAGAAUCAAAUAUUUUUUUAGCUAAUGUAUUGGUGGAUUUUUACUCUGCUUUUGGUAUUUUGGUUGAUGCCGAUAAAGCAUUUGAAUGUAUUCCACCUCAGGAUGUCAUUUCAUGGAAUUCAAUGGUUUCCGUUUAUGCUGCUAAUGAUUUGUUACAUGAAGCUGUUCGACUCUUUGAAGAGAUGAGAUUGUGGGACAAACAUCCCUCUGCUAUGUCGUUCGUGGCAUUGUUAAAUUUAUCAAGUCGCGGAAAGGAACUGCUAUUUGGAAAACAAAUACAUAAUUUUGUUAUAAAAGUGGGUAUUGAUUAUGGAAGUGUCCUCAUUCAGUCAGCUUUGAUUGAUAUGUAUGGGAAAAAUGAUGACGUUCAAAGUUCAAUUGAUGUAUUCCAGUGUUCACAUGAGAGAAGUCUCGAAUGUUGUAAUUCAAUGAUGACAUCUUUGCUGCAUCUUGGUUUCCUACAAGAUGUGUUUGAGCUUUUUAGUUGGAUGGUUUGUGAAAAUAUUGUGUUUGAUGAAGUGAGUUUGUCCUCAACAAUUAAGGCAUUAUCAUUGUAUUCCUCUCCUAGCUUGGAUAACUGUUGCUUGUUGCAUUGUUGUGCAAUAAAAUCAGGUUUUGAUUCUGAUAGUAUGGUCUUAUGUUCUCUGAUUGAUGCAUAUUCAAGAUCUGGACAGAUUAGAUUCUCUCAACAGAUUUUUGAAGCACUUCCCUCACCUAAUAUUUUCGGUUUCACUUCAAUAAUUAAUGCAUAUGCUCAGAAAGGAAUGGGAUAUGAAUGCCUUGCAGUGUUUGAAGAAAUGAUCCAAAGGGGUCUAAAACCAGAUAAAGUAACAUUCUUGUGUAUACUGUUGGGAUGCAACCAUUCAGGUCUAGUCGAAGAGGGGAAAAUGAUUUUUGAUUCUAUGAGAACUAUUCAUGAUGUCUAUCCAGACAGGAGGCAUUGUUCAUGUAUGGUGGAUCUUCUAGGCCGUGCAGGUCUAGUCAAUGAGGCAGAAGAGCUGCUAAUGCAUGCUUCAUCGGAAGGAGAUUCUGUCAUGUGGAGCUCACUUUUGCGAAGUUGCAGGAUUCAUCAAAAUGAGCAUGUUGGAAGAAGAGCAGCUAAAAGGUUAAUGGAUCUUGAGCCAGAGGAUCCUUCUUUUUGGUUACAGGCCUCAAAUUUUUAUUCUGAAAUUGGAGAAUUCGAAACUGCCAUAUACAUUCGAGAGGUUGCAGUGGCGAGGAAGAUGAGCAGAGAUAUUGGCUAUAGUUUAAUUCGGGUGCAUGAGUUCCAUUAA